CACUGUAGGGUGCAUUCGUCUAACCUGCACACAUUGGGAGGCUGCACAGACUAUACACAGUCAGUGACAUCUCUGUAUUAGGCUCUGCUGCACAGGAGAACAGGACAGAGCUGCUGGACUUUAAUAGAUCCUCUGUCUUCGUGGUGCCCCCUCCGCCCCGAAAACACAAAGAUGCCCAACUUCUCAGGAAACUGGAAAAUGAAACAUUCUGAGAAUUUUGAGGAGAUGUUGAAAGCUUUGGGUGUUAACGUCAUGCUAAGAAAAAUAGCGGUGGCCGCAGCCUCGAAACCUGCGGUGGAGAUAAAGCAGGAAGACGAGUCCUUCUAUAUCAAGACCUCCACGACUGUCCGCACCACCGAGAUCAACUUCAAAAUCGGAGAGGAGUUUGAGGAGCAGACAGUUGAUGGGCGUCCCUGCAAGAGCCUGGCCAAAUGGGAAAGUGAGAACAAAAUGGUGUGCGAACAAAAGCUUCUCAAGGGGGACGGACCCAAGACGUCCUGGUCAAGAGAACUGACCAACGAUGGAGAACUUAUCCUGACCAUGACCGCCGAUGACGUCAUCUGUACACGGAUUUACAUCAGAGAAUAAACCAACCCGACCGCCCAAGAGGCCUGAGGCGCAACCUUCUCCGACCAGUAGUCUGAAACCCUAUAUAACACUUAUUAUGAAGCAGAGAGUAUCCCGUUUACAACAACUCAAUGAUAUACCAACGUCUGUCCUCUAACGUCCGCCAUCUUUUAUUAACCCAAUGGAAGACGGUAGAAUUGGCUUCAACUCCAUACCAAGGGUGGGCACCAGGCGUUACCUGGACUGUGAAUUGACAAUGGGGGGGGUGGACAAUGGUUGAAUUGUCAGCUAUUGUUUGAUAAUAUAUAGAUUAGAUGGACCAUUCCAAAUCCCUCCCCCACCCUUUUAUUUUUUUGGGGAAACCUCUGUCGGCCAUUUUGAAUGUACAGCCAUCUUGUUUUGCCUAUUGUUUUAAGAUGAGCUACCAACCAAAAAAAAUGUGUCGCAGGGAAGGCUUUUGGUAGAGACAAAGAUGUGAAUAUGUAGUAAGUAACAGUACUAAAUAAUACCCGAAGGCGUUUUACCGUAUUAUUAGGUUAUAAUUCGCACUGGAUAGUAAAAUGUGCGCAAAUUGAGCGUAUGUAAAAAUGGAGGAAAAUCAGACUGUGGGCCAAUGUGUCCUUGAAAAGUGAAUCUUAUAGUCAGAAGAAAAAGUAAUGGCUUUCAAGGCAAACACCGGAUGACUGGCGAUGCGGGGCGAAAGCUCGUCGAUGGUGCCCCGCUCGUGACGUCACGGCCAUGCCCCCUCAAUGCAAGUCUAUGGGAGGGGGCGUGACGGCGUCACGCCCCCUCCCAUAGACUUGCAUUGAGGGGGCAUGGCAGUGACGUUACGAGCUGGACGUGGCGUCGCGAGCCUCCGGCGCUGCACCCGAUGCUCUAAACGAACACUGGGUGCAGCAGGGAGAACGCGGGGGUCCCCAGUGGCGGGACUCCCACAAUCAGACAUCGUAUACCCUAUCCUUUGGAUAGGGGAUAAGUUAUAGAUCGCAGCGGGUCGGAGCGCUGGGACCCCCUGUGAUCUCCUGAACGAGGCCCCGGCAGUCUGCCGAAGGCAGCUUUCCGAACCCCGCAGGUCACACCCCCUCCAUGUAUCUCUAUGGGAUAUAUGGAGGGGGCGUGUCAGCCUGCGCUCCGUGCUGGAGUUGGCACGCCCCCUUCCAGCAGACUGCCGGGGCUCGGUUCAGGAGAUCGCGGGGCGCCCCAGCACUCGGACCCCCUAUGAUCUAUAACUUAUCCCCUAUCCUUUGGAUAGGGGAUAAGUUAUUUUCACCACAGAACUCCUUUAAAGGGGUACUCCGGUG